AUGGCCGACGACGAUUAUAAAUUUACACUUGAAGAACUAGACAACAUGAAGCGGAAUGAACUUCGUAGGCUUAGUAGGAUGCAUAAUUUAGGUGUAGGGAAUGAAACUAACGAAUCAAUUAUAGAAUCGCUGAAACCUUAUGCAACUGAUUAUAUUGAUGAAUAUCAAGAAAGCAAUAAUUCCAAUUCAAGCACCGUAGCUACACCAAUUGCGGCCACACCAAUUGCACCUACACCAAUUGCACAAACACCACCGCCACUAUCGUCACAACAACAACAGCCUCCUAUAUUUGCACCUAAUCCUAGCUUACGAGGUGGCGCUACUAAGGCUUCCGGAAAGAAAAGAGCUCGAUAUGAAUCUCCAUCUCUUGACGAAGGCAUCAUAAGUGAAUGGAAUAUCGACACUGAAAUAACUCGUUGGCUGAUUGAUAUCAAUAUGGAAGAUCUUGUGACAAAGUUUGUCGAAAAUGGGUUGACAGAGGAUUGGAAUUUAAUUGAACAACUACAACCUGCACAUAUGAUGGCAAUGGGAUUUUCCAUCGCAAAAUCAAUUCAAUUGGAGAAUAGAAUAAAAGAGCACUUCAAAAAAAAUCAAAUUUCAACCAAUGAUCGACUUAAUUCCCUCGAAGAUAUGUUAACACAAAGUCAAAACACAAUGAACGAAUUUCAAUCCCGAUUAACACUCGAAAUUGACGAAAAAUUCGCACAACUCCACGCAAAAAUUGACAAAAAUUAUGCUCAAAUCAACACUCAACUUGACGAACAAUUUACGCAAUUCAAUACAAAAUUUGAAUCCUUAGAAAACACCAUGUCAAAACUAGAUCAGAGUGUUGGUCGACUGGAGAACGAAAUCUCUUCCGUCGUCGUGGCGAACCAGCGACCACGAAUAAUGCUCAGUUAUGAUGAAGUUGAGAUGAUUGCCAUGCGGACGGUUAAUCACUGGAAAAAAGAAAUUUUUUAUUGUCGUUUUAAAGCGACAAACACAGAACGUCAAGAUAAUCUCUGGACUUAUGAUGAUGUGCUUUUUUGUGCAGAAACGGAGCACGCUGUUAAACCUCCGAUGGGCUCUUCUUUGGCUGUUAAAUUCGCUCAGUAUAUUGAUCCAGGGUUUACUGCUGAAAGAAUUUUUGAGGAAAUUCGGCCUUGGGUGGGGAGUUGGGUUAUGUGUGGAAUGAAUGUUGUAAAAGUCUGGCGUGCAGAACGAGAUGAAAAACAAACAUCACAUAAGAACAUUCUUUUAUCAGAAGACUCAUCAUCUCCUUUACUGCCAGUUGGACCCUGGGUAUACUACGGCAAGCAUCAUUUAGAAGAAGACAUAAAUUUAAUACUACCUGAACACAAAUUUUCUUCUGCACAACGACGCACCUAUUUUACAAAUCCCGAAAUUCGUAAAUCUCAUGUUUUCGAUCCGGAACAUAUCUACGCAUUUGACUUCUUUAACAAUUUUACGGAUCUUUCGACAAUGACUGCCAUUUGUACGCUCCUUUUAUUCUCGCCUAAUAUAAUCUUGGGCGAAGAAAUACGUGAGGGAGUCACCAAUGAAAAAGUGAAUAGUCGAGAAGAGUUAGUUAGCAUGUGCACUGACUCUUUAACCUGGGAAGAUUUAACACCAAUAAUUAAAUCAAAACCCAAUCUCGCGGAAAAUAUUCAAUCGGAAUCUUCAUCACAACAAAAUUCAUUGACGAAUUUUUCAGCCGAUGAAUUGUAUCAACGUGCACUCAAUAUUCUUAAUAGUCUAAAACCAAUUUCGCCGAAGCCUUCGCAAUCCAUUACCGAAAAUGAUGAUGUGGACGCGAGCAUAUUACCUUUUUCAUUACGUUUGUUGGGAAAGAUUUUUAUAUCACUGUUUUCAAAAUCGAAAAACUUGCAACAAUCGGUUAAUGGUGAAAUCCCAAAGAAAUAUGAAAUUGAGCCAAAAAAUGAAAAAUUGGAGCUUGGUAUUGCAAUGUUGAAGAAAGCGGGUUUAGACCUAGGACAUGACGAUGCAUUAUACUCAUUAGCCGAUAUCAAUUUUCACGCAAAAUAUUCACAUCGACGUAAUCUGACAGCUGCUUUUGAAUAUUAUAAAAUUUUGGCAACAAGAUCUGGUAAUGCGACUGCUCAACAAAUGGUUGGAUUUAUGUACGCCACGGGAAUCGGUGAAAAGAUACAACGCGAUCAAGCACAGUCUUUGAUUUAUCAUACAUUUGCUGCGCACGGUGGGGAUACUGCCAGUCAAAUGACACUUGCAUAUCGUUAUCUAAUGGGUAUUGGAGUACCACGUAGUUGUGAAGAUGCUAUAUAUCACUAUAAACAAGUUGCUGAUAAAGCAGUUGAAUAUUAUAAAUCAGGACCUCCAGGAGGACGCCAACUUCCUCCAUCUAAAAUUCGACUAUACGAAGAAGAUGGUGGGGUAUACGGAUAUGGUGCUUCUGGUCUUACAUCUCUUAGCAGAGGAGACUCUGCAGCUUGGGAUGACAUAUUGGAGUAUUAUCGAUAUAUGGCUGAACACAGAGAUCAACAUGCCCAGGCGUCUGGAGGGUGGACUCCAGGCGCCGCCCCCUUGAUAUUGGGUCAACUUUUUUAUCAAGGCACUCGAAAUAUACCCCAAAACUUUGAUCAAGCAUUACGUUAUCUCAAUCUUGUUGCAUUUCAAUAUAACUGGCCGAAUGAUAUAUCAAAAAUCGAUGAACAGACAUUAAAUUCUCAAGCUGCACAGGCAGCAUCCGCGGCUGCAGGCAUUUUGGGACAAAUGUACUGGCGUGCAGAGGGUGUCAUGCAAAAUAAUGCAACAGCGUUAUUGUGGUUCACAAAAGGUGCAACACUGGGCAAUCCUGUGGCUCAAAAUGGGUUAGGUCUAAUGUAUCUACAUGGACUAUCCGAUAAAAACGGUGAAUUGCUAUCAAAGAAUCGUAAAGAAGCUGAACGUUAUUUUAAAAUGGCAGCGGAAGCAAAAAAUCCUGAUGCCCAAGUCAACUUAGGGCUAUAUUUGUACAACAAACGUGAGUAUGAAAACGCCUAUCAAUAUUUUCACACCGCUGCACAAUCUGCGAAUUUUCUGGCACAUUAUUAUUUAGCCGAGAUGCACGCUAAGGGUGAAGGCACUCGUAAAUCUUGUAGUUUAGCUUCAGCGUAUUAUAAAAUGGUCGCGGAAAAAGGUGAUUGGCUUCAUUCUCCUUUCCAAGCUGCUCGAGAAGCUUAUCAAUCUGGUGAUAAAGAUGGUGCUUUACUUAAUUAUUUGAUUGCUGCUGAACGAGGAUAUGAAAUAGGGCAGGCAAAUGUCGCAUGGUUACUCGAUAGAGAUAAAGCAAGGUGGCAAUUGCCUCAUGUGACUCCCAAACCUGACCCUGAUCGAGAAAAACUUGCCUUGAUAUACUGGACACGUUCUGCAAAUCAGGGAAAUGUUGACUCUCGACUUAAAAUGGGAGAUUAUUAUUUCAAAGGCUUUGGUACUGAUGUAGAUUAUGAAAAAGCUGCAGCUUGCUAUCAGGUUGCAGCUGAAUUCGAGUCAAGUUCUAUGGCGAUGUGGAAUCUGGGUUGGAUGCAUGAGAAUGGAAUCGGGGUCUCGAGAGAUUUUCACCUAGCAAAACGAUGGUACGAUCAAUCACUCUCUACGAAUCAAGAAGCAUAUCUUCCGGUGACAUUAUCUUUACUUAAAUUAUAUUCGAGAAGUUUUUGGAAUUAUAUUACCGGAGGUGAUGAUGGGGAUGAAGUCGAUACUGCAAGUACAUCAAAAGGACUAUGGUGGGAAAGUAUAGCAUCAAGAAAAAUUUCAGAUGAAAAGAAAUCCGACACUACUUCAUUAACCAAAGAUGGAACUGGUGGCGGUGACACUGGCAGUGGUGGCUCUUCUAAACAAGAAAGACAUGAUUGGGGUAUUGGACCAAAUGAAGAUCAAUUAUGGAAAAAUUUUCAUGCACGUAAAAAAAGCGAAGAUUUUACGGAUUCCACAAUUGACGAAGGUUAUGAAGACGAGGAAAUACAAGAUGAUUUAAUGGAAAGUUUAAUGAUUUUGGUAAUAUGUCUUUUAAUUGGGAAUGCAGUAGGAGGAAUCGGAGUUGGAGGUGAUUGGCCUCCUCAAGGGUUAUUGGAUGAUGAUAAUAUUGGACGAUUUGCUUGGGCCGGUGCUGGUGGACAUUAG